CAUAAUUAGUAAUCUGUGGGCAAAUUUCAGUGCGAUUUUUAAAAACAAUUAAAACUUGGUGAUAAUAAUUUCAAUAAACUUAUAUCUGAAAAUUAUAUUUUUAGGAUUUACGUGUAAUUGAUAAUUAGUUAACAACCCAGAGAAGAAUAUUGGUUAGGGUUUAACAUGGCAACUGUGGUAGCUAAUCCACCGAAAAAGACUAGCAAUUCUAACAACCAAGCACCAACUGGCGUUCGUAAAAAGUCUGGACCAAAAUUUGAACUUUCUGAAGAACAGAAGAGGGAUAUUAAAGAAGCUUUUGAUUUAUUUGAUACAGAAAAUACUGGUAAAAUAGACACUAAAGAAUUAAAAGUAGCUAUACGCGCUCUAGGAUUCGAGCCAAAGAAAGAGGAAAUAAAAAAAAUGAUUGCAGAAAUAGAUAAAGGUGAUGGGAAAGUCUCGUUUGAUGAUUUUUUAGAUUUAAUGACGGUUAAAAUGGCUGAAAAAGAUACAAAGGAGGAAAUAAUGAAAGCAUUCAAACUUUUUGAUGAUGAUGAAACAGGAAAAAUAUCUUUUAAAAACCUAAAAAGAGUUGCAAAAGAAUUAGGUGAAAAUUUAACUGAUGAAGAACUUCAUGAAAUGAUAGAUGAGGCAGAUCGGGAUGGCGAUGGUGAAAUAAAUCAAGAAGAGUUUUUACGCAUUAUGAAGAAAACUAGUCUAUAUUAGGUUUAGUAUUUUCAUGAAAGAGCACAAAAGCUUUUAGUUUUUAUGUGGCUGGCACUAUGUAUACUGUAACAAUUACUUUAGUUAAAAUGUGCAGUUUUUCUUUUUGUGAUUGUUUCAAAGAAGUAUACUGUUUUGAUAUAGUAUUAAGAGCCAUAAAUUGAAAAAAUAUGAGGUCAAUAUUCAGAAUGGAACUUGAGCUCAACAAAAAAAACUAUGAAGGUAGCUCUAAAAAUAUAAAGUCAAGCAAUUUACUAAAUAUUUUCUUCAUUAUAUUUCUCUAAAUGAGUAUAUUACGUCUCAAUCAAUGUUGUCAACCUCAAUUUAAGACUGCUGUUAAUUCUGUUGUACAAUUGAUAUUUUUAAGACAGUAUAUGUGGAUACUUCUAAUCAUUUGAUGUUCUGUUAUUACUUAUAGAAAAAUUACUUAAAUCAGACUUAAUGUUUUGGCUUAUGCAAGUACUACAAAUUUAAAAAGAAUCUUUAAUAGUUAUAAACAUUUGUUUAAAAACAAUAAUGUGCUUGACAGUUUUUGAAAAUUAUGUAAUAAAAUAUCCAUUAAACAACUGACUAGAAGUAGACUUUUUACACUACUUUUUAGUGUAAUCAGACUCCCAAAAAACAGUCAUGGUCUUAUUGAUAAACCUAUCUUGUACUUAAAUAUAUUAGUGAUUUAUCAUUUCCAAAAACAUUGAAAAUUUGAUCCAAUAUCAUUGUUAUAGACAUUAAGAGUUACGUCAAAUGUAUCUAUUAUUCAGUAUUAUUUGCACAACAACUAUUAUUUAAGGUUAGUUAAGACUUUACCUAAUAAAAAAUUAUAUUCUAAUAAUAAUAUCUGUUUAUGUACAAAAACUAAGGUCACAGAGUUAUCUUUGCAAUGAUAGCAGCAAAGUAACAAUGGUUCUAUAAUUUUUAUAUAUUUAGAUCUGAAAAUAUUUUGUAUGUUUCUACUGAAUUCAAUUUGUAUUCUGUGUAACACAUUGGAUAUAUUAAAUGUUUAUAAAAUUA